AUUGAACUAAACAAAUACCCCAAUAUCAGAAAAAAUUCAAUAAAUUGAUCACGACAAAGAUAAAUUAAAUAUAAUUCGUCCAAAGGAUAGAAAGUCAUAGACUCAUGUGCCUUCUAUUACUAGAAUGACCUCUUACUAUGGGUAAUUGCUUAACAUGAAACUUGACUCUUAUUAUAACUCCCCAUCUUUCCCUUCAUCUCUUCUCACCAAAGCCCUUUCUUCUCCUUCUGCUCUGCUCUGCUCUGCUCUUUAAACUUUGUACUUCCAUUUUUGUCAUGGAAUUUUCCACCAUUUUAGCUUCUGCAGAAUCAUCUGACAGUUCUACAACCCAUUUUAACAGUAAAAAGACUCCAUUCCAUGCUUCCCCACCUAAAAAAAUAGUUCAAAAUAAUGAUGGGAAUUUCCCCCUCACUACUAUUCUUCUUAUAGUCAUACCAAUUAUCAUACUUGUCCUUUUCUCCUUCAUUAUUUUGCUUAUAAUCCUGCUUCGAAAACAGAAACCUUCUAAAUGUAGCAAUUUUAACAGCAAUACUAACAGUGAUAAUAGCUGCAAGUUUGUUGCUCAUACUUCUAUCAGUAUUACUGCAGAUAGCAGCCCAGAUGUGAUUAAUAAUGGGUGUAUUUCAACGGGAAGUGUGAAACUACUAACACAAAGUAAAUACAAGGGAGUACAAGUAUUUACAUACAAGGAGUUAGAAACAGCAACAAACAAUUUCAAUGAAAGGAAUGUGAUAGGGCAUGGAGGAUAUGGGGUGGUUUACAGAGGAGUUCUUGGGGAUGGAACAGUGGCUGCAAUUAAGAUGGUGCACAGGGAUGGUAAGCAGGGAGAGCGUGCUUUCAGGAUAGAGGUGGACCUACUGAGCCGUUUACAUUCUCCUCACUUAGUGGAGCUACUAGGCUACUGUGCAGACCAAACUCACAGGCUCCUAAUAUUUGAGUUCAUGCCCAACGGUAGUCUACAACAACACCUACAUUCACGCCACACCUAUCCUCAACCCUUGGAUUGGGGUACUCGGUUAAGGAUAGCCCUUGAUUGUGCUCGAGCCCUCGAGUUUCUUCACGAGAAUGUUACCCCUUCUAUAAUCCAUCGGGAUUUCAAAUGUAGUAACAUUCUUUUGGACCAUAAUUUUCGAGCUAAGGUGUCUGAUUUUGGUCUCGCUAAGACGGGUUCUAACAAGAUUAAUGGAUUGAUUUCAACUCGUGUUCUUGGGACCACCGGUUACUUGGCUCCAGAGUAUGCUUCAACAGGGAAUCUCACAACGAAAUCAGAUGUUUACAGCUAUGGGGUUGUUCUCCUACAGCUCAUUACAGGACGUGUACCAGUUGACACUAGACGUCCACCGGGCGAACAUGUCCUUGUUUCUUGGGCUCUUCCGAGGUUAACUCACAGAGACAAAGUCAUGGAAAUGGUAGACCCAACUCUAAAAGGACAAUACUCCCAAAAAGAUAUCAUUCAGAUUGCUGCAAUUGCUGCUGUUUGUGUACAAGCAGAACCAGAUUAUAGACCCUUAAUGACAGAUGUUGUGCAGUCUUUAAUCCCUUUGGUGAAAAACCUCUCAUCCGUUCCUUCGAGUUCAUCGAGGUUUCUAACUAGUUUCAUCAGUCCAAGGUCCAGAAGAGCUUCUUUCUCAUGAAAAAUCACUAAUUUGGAAAAAAAGGGAUUACAUUCUUUAUAAUCCAAUGGAGAUUUCUAACAGUGAAACUCGAAGCGCCCAUGAAAUUCAAGCAUUUUACCAAGGCAUGGAGGAUGAAAUUAUGAUGAAAUUCUUGUAAGAGAUUCAUUUCAAAGAGUGAGUAAUAAGAGAAGCACACAGACCGAACAGAACAGCAUGGCAAUGCAGAUAAAUAACAGGAAAAGCUAAUUGAGAUAUCUGAGAAAAUAAUGAUGGUUUUGUAUAAUAUUAAUAUAGUUUACCAUUUUAGAAGCUUCUAAGUAUAGAAUAUUGUAAUAAAAAGUUUUGUUUUUAACUUCAAACUCCUAUAGUCGUCUAAAUUUACAGUUAUUAAACCAAUCUCA